AUGGCCUCGAGAUUUGCAGUGAAUAUCAAACUUUUAACAUGCAUUGUAAAAAAAAAGAAAAAUCGAACGCUCCCAUUUUUUAUAAAAUGCUAUGUUCAUAACAUACCCAGAAUAAAUACAAUGAAACAUAUGAACAUUUCAGAUGUUAGAAGAAGUGUUGAGGUGUGUAGUAAAAAAAAUGUAAAAGAGAAAAAUGUGUGGAGUAAUUUUUUAUAUAUUAUAAUAUUAAAAUUAUUUAAUAAAGAAAUAAAAAAUUAUGUAGAUUUUAUGAUUAUUUUAAAAUUAUUGAGCAAAUAUAUUAAAAUAGAAAAAAAAGUAUUACUUUUUAUAUGUGAACAUAUUGAACAUGAAAUAUAUAAAUUUACAAUCAGAGAUUUAACAUUAUUAAUUCUAUUAUUAAGAAAAAAUAAUUUCGAAAAUAUUUAUUAUAUUAAUAUAAUUAGUAAAUCCAUAUUAAUGAGAAUGAAUAAAAAUAUGUCUUAUAAAGAUCUAGCCUUAAUUACUUAUAGUUUAAAUAAUAAUAUUAGCUUAACAGAUGAACAAAUAUAUAAUAAAGAAAUAUUUAAUUUUUCAAUAUUUAAAUUUGACAACCAUUUAAAUAAUCUUAAUUUCCAUUCUUUAUCUUUAUUUUUCUAUUCAUAUACUUUAUAUUUUAUCAACCAUUAUUAUUAUUAUAAUCAUUUUCAUUCAUUCUUUUAUAUGAUUACAAAAUUUAUUAAUACCAUAAAUAAAAAUAUUCAUUUAUAUAAUUCUACAGAUUUAAUGUUUAUAUAUAUUGCAUCCUUACACUUACAAAAUGUCUAUACACAUAAUCAUAUCCAUCAAAAUAAACAAACAAAAAAUAUUCUUACACAAAAUAAUCAAACGAAAGAUAAUAAAUAUAGUGAUGAUAAUCAUAAUGUAUCUUUAAAUCUUAAUAAUAAUUGUUAUGACAAUAAAAUGGAUAUACAUAAUAAUAUGAUUACUACAAAUAAUAAUAACAAUGAAUAUAAUAAAUAUAUUCAUCGUGUGGAUACAAAUUUAAAAGAAACACAUAUUAAUAAUGAAAAAGAAAAUAAAUUAAUAACAUAUAAUAAUUCCAAAUAUAAUUUGCCACAACAUAUAUAUGAACCUAAUAUUUUUAAUUAUGAUAACACAUCAAAUAAUUAUAUAUCAAAUAAUAAUAUAUCAAAUAAUAACACAAAACAAUGUGAAACAUAUGAAAACAAAAACGUUCAAUAUUUUCAAAAUAAUGUUAUACAACAAGGUGAUGAAAAAAAAGAAAAUAUAAUUAAAAAUUUAAUCAUAAAUAUAAAAAAAGAAAUUGAAGAAAAAUUAUCUUCUUUUAAAAUACAAGAAAUUGUUAAUAUAUUAUUUGUGUCAUUAAAUAAAAAUAUUUUUAUCAAUAAGAAAUAUUUUCAUUUUUUAAAUAAAGAUAAAAUAAAUAUACAAAAUUAUAUUAAUAUAUAUGUUAAUAUAAAUAAGAUACAUUUAAACCAUGAACAACAAAACAAUUCUCAUUAUUAUAUCUUAAAAAUAAAAAAUGAUAAUGACAAAAAAAAAGGUUUAUCAUAUCAAGAUCAUUUGAAAUUUAUAUAUAAUCUAAUGAAUGAAAUUAUAUAUAGAAAUGAUUUAUUAAAUAUGAAACAAAUCAUAUUAUUACUUUAUUCUUUAAAAUAUAAUAAUUUUAUGUUUAUACAAUUUGAAAAAAUCAUUCUGAAAAGAUUUAUAUGCUUACCUACAAAAGAAAUACAAAAAAUAGGUAAAGAAGAAAUCAUAUUUUUAUAUCAAUAUUUGUUUGUAAGGACAUGCUUAUUUAAUGAAUUAAAAAAACUAAACAAUAUUAUCAUAUCUCAAGAUGAACAUGAAAAUUAUAUUUAUAUCUCAGAAAAAUAUAAUGACUCUUCUAAAGUAGAUAAUUCAUACAACACAUCAAAUAAUAUAACAAACAAUAUAACAAACAAUAUAACAGACAAUAAUAGUAAUUAUCUUCAUAAUAAGGAUAAUACAUCUGUAUAUAUACAUGAUGAUCUUUUUUAUAUGAAGAAUAAACAUAAAAGGGAUAGAUACAAAAUUUAUUCAUAUGAUAAUUUUAUUUUUAAUUACUCAGCAUAUGUAGAACAAAAAAAAGAUCAUAAUGAUCACAACGAAUAUGUAUACAAUUUUGAUAAUAUGAAAUCGUUUAUACAAUUAAAAAAGAAAAAAAUAAACAAUCACAAUAAUAAUAAUAAUAAUAAUCACAUUAAUCACAAUAAUAAUAAUAUGUUUACUUAUAAAAAUAUUCAGAUGGAAAAAAAAAAUUAUUCUGAUACACAUAAUAAUGUAAUAAAAAACGAAAUUAAUAAUAUUUAUUAUAAUCCAAUUGUAAGUAAUCGACAUACAAAUGAUCAAAUGAUAUUGAAAAAUCCUUUUUUUUAUAACAAAAAAUUAAAUGUUAUGGAUACUAUUAAUUUUGAAUAUGAACUUACUUGUUAUAAUUUAUAUUUAGAUAUAUAUAAAAUUGUUUGUUUAAAAUUAUUAAAUUUUUUAAAAGAUAAAAAGCUAUCAUAUUUACAAAGCAUAGAUAUCUUAUGUAUAUAUGAAAAAUUAAAUAUAAGAGAUUAUAGAAUUAUUAAAUAUCUUUAUUAUUUAAAAAAAGAUGUAUUAUAUUUAGAUAAUACAUAUUUAUUCAAAAUAAUAAAUGUUAUCGUCAAAUUUAAUCUAUAUAAUAUGAUAUCAUAUUUACAAAUUCAUAAAAUACUUACCUUUAUAAAUUAUAAUAAUAUAAAUGAAUCCAUUCAAAUAUUGAAAUUAAUAGGUAUGAUCAUAUCUGUUCAUAAAAAUAAAAAAUCAUCUCCUUUUUAUAUAAAUCAUCUAAUAAUACAAAAUGCAGCUAAUUAUUUAUUUAAAAAUUUAUAUAAACUACAAAAUACACAAGAUUUAAAAAAAAUCGAAAUGAUGAAUGUAUAUGAUAAUUUAACAUUCAAGGUUUAUAAAUUAUUUAAAAAUAUUUUAUCAACAAAUAAAGAAAAAUAUUUAAAAAAUUGGAAUCCUUAUGAUCAAUAUGAAAUUAAUACACACACAAAUCAUCUUAAACAAAAUGGACAAGAUAAAUAUAUAAUCCAAAAUUAUAACAAUAAUAAUAAUAAUAUUAAUAAUAUUAAUAAUAUUAAUGGUUAUUAUCAUUAUUAUGAUCAUAUUAAUGAUAAUGGUGAUGGUGAUUAUUAUUAUGAUUAUUACCUGAACAAGUCAGGUAAAAAUAUGGAAAACAUUAAUGUACAAAAUUUGGAUGAUAUAAAUAUAACUAAAAUAAAAGGUGCAUCACAUGAUAUUAAAAAAGAUAAAAUUAAAGACAUAGGAUAUAUGAGAGUUAAAAAAUAUUCAGAAUUAUUGAAGAGUAUGAAAAUGAUGAAUUCUGAUGAACAAGUUUUUAAUGAAUAUAGAAAUGUGUGUGAUGAGAUAUAUGAAGAUUUAUUUUUUAUAUAUAAUAAAAAUAUACAAGUAUAUAAAAAUAUAAAUAUAUGUAAUUAUACAUUUCCUAUGGCAAUAAAUUUAUUAACAUUAAAUAAUGAUGAGAACAUACCAAUAAAUAUAAAUAAAAAUGAUGAUGAUGAUGAUAAUAAUAAAUUAAUAAAAGUUGAUAAAAAAAAAUUCCUUAUAGUAGAUAUUUUAUAUAAUUAUGAUUUUUAUUAUACAUUGACUGAUAGAAAAUUAAAUCAAUUAAAAGAAUAUAAUAUUUAUUUAUCAUAUUAUAGUAAUCAUAUAAAAAAGAAAAAUAAAAAAAUAUUAAAUUAUAAAAAAUAUGCCUUAUUAAAAUUAAUGAAAAAAAGAGGAUUUAAUUACAUUUGUAUUGAUGCAGAUACAUAUAUCAAAAAUAAAAAAGGAAAAAGUAAAAAUAUUUCAUAUGAAAUAAAUAAGUUAUAUAUAAACAAUUUAAUAUUAGAUAUAUUAAAAAGACAAAAAAAAAGUUAUUCGUCCCCAAAAAAUAGAACAACAAAACAAAUGAAUCAUAUAAACAUAAAAAAUACUUUAUUAUUAUAUCAUCAAAACAAAAAAUGUUUAAAGAAAAUAAUACAAUUCAAAAAUUAUAAAUAUAAAAUUAUGAACCUACCACAUCAACUUAAUUAUCAUAAUAAAAGAAUUAAAUAUAUAAAGAAUAAAAGUUUAUGUAUCAAUGAUAGAACAAAAAAUAUUAUAGAAAAGGAAAAGGUUUCUACAUCUAAUCAUUUGUCAAAAUUGAAAAAAAUGUUUACUUUAUAA